CUUUCGUUUCCCGUGAAUCAUUGCCUGUAAAAUUAAAAUGGCGGACACUAAGAAGGAAAACGUGAAGAACGACUCUGAGAAGAAAGAAGAGAAGAAAGAUAAGAAAAAUGAUGAAGAAAAAGAACCUGAACUGACAGAAGAAGACAGACAACUCCAAGAAGAACUGAACUUGAUGGUGGAAAGACUGACGGAAAGUAAUGAAAAGUUGUACAAGGCAGCUCUGGAACAGUUGAGGACACAGAUCCGGGCUUCCACUAGUUCUAUGACCUCUGUGCCAAAACCGCUCAAGUUUCUACGACCUCACUUCGGUACUUUGAAAGAAGUCUAUGAAAAGAUAAAAGAUGGAGAAAAUAAGAGGUUUUGUGCAGAUAUUGUUUCUGUCUUAGCGAUGACACUGAGUGAAACCAGAGAAUGUUUAAAAUAUCGUCUCGUAGGCUCAAAAGAAUCUUUAGAAUCAUGGGGGCACGAGUAUGUCAGGCAUCUUGCUGGUGAGAUUGGCCAAGCAUGGCAAGAAACUGAUGAAAAGACAGAAGCAAAUUACCGCGAUAAACUGGUAAAGCUAGCCAAUGAGAUUGUGCCAUAUAACUUCAAACAUAAUGCCGAAGCAGAGGCGUGUGAUCUACUGAUGGAAAUAGAACGCCUUGAUCUUUUAGAUUCUUGUGUUGAUGAAAGUUCCUAUCCUAGAGUAUGUCUGUAUCUAACCAGUUGUGUUAGCUACGUAGCUGAACCUGAGGAUUCCACAUUACUGAAGACUGCCUUGAGACUCUUCCGUAGAUUUGAUAGAUACCCAGAGGCGAUUCGCUUAGCAAUGCAGUUGAAUGACUUAGAGCUAAUUGAAGAGAUAUUCUCAUCAUGUAAAGAUAUUUUGAUCCAGAAACAGAUGGCGUUUAUGUUGGGAAGACAACAGUGUUAUUUAGAAUUGAAUGAAGAUAUGGAUGAGUAUGAUGACCUAGUAGAGAUUAUGUCAAAUGUUCAUUUAAAUAGUAAUUUUCUUGCUCUUGCACGUGAGUUAGAUAUCAUGGAACCUAAAGUUCCGGAAGACAUUUAUAAAAGCCAUCUUGAAGCAAAUAGGCCGUCAUUUGGACCUAGUGGUUCUCAAGUUGACUCUGCCAGACAAAAUUUAGCAUCCUCCUUUGUAAAUGGUUUUGUCAAUGCAGCUUUUGGACAAGAUAAAUUAUUGACAGAAGAUGGCAACAUGUGGAUUUAUAAAAAUAAGGAGCAUGGCAUGCUGAGUACUGCUGCAUCGUUAGGUCUUAUACUAUUAUGGGAUGUUGAUGGUGGUUUAACACAAAUUGAUAAAUACUUGUAUUCCUCUGAAGACUACAUUAAGUCUGGUGCAUUGCUGGCCUGUGGCAUUGUGAACUCUGGAGUACGUAAUGACUGUGACCCUGCCAUAGCACUGCUGUCUGAUUACGUCUUACACAGUAGAAAUAUCAUGAGAAUCGGAGCCAUUAUGGGGCUUGGUUUAGCAUAUGCUGGUUCCAAUAGAGAGGAUGUACUUACACUGUUGUUACCUGUCAUGGCUGAUAGUAAAUCAACAAUGGAGGUGAUUGGAGUUGCUGCAUUGGCAUGCGGUAUGAUUGCUGUUGGUACAUGUAAUGGGGAGGUCACAUCAACCAUCCUACAAACAAUGAUGGAAAAAACUGAACUGGAAUUGAAAGAGACUUUUUCCAGAUACCUAGCACUGGGAUUAGGUCUUGCAUACCUAGGAAAACAAGAAGCAGCAGAUGCCACAUUAGCAGCAUUAGCGGUUUUAUCUGAACCUCUGAAAAGUAUAGCUAACAUACUGGUGGAGGUGUGUGCAUAUGCUGGUACUGGCAACGUGUUAAAAAUUCAGAAACUUUUACAUCUAUGCAGCGAGCACAUCGACCCAAACAAAGAGAAAGAAUCUAAGGAAACUGAAAAGAAAGAUGAGAAAUCUGACAAAGAAAAGGAAAAAGAUAAGGAUAAAGACAAGAAAGCUGAGGAGUCUAGUUAUGAUGCUGCGGCUCAUCAAGGUAUUGCUGUUAUAGGUAUAGCUUUGAUCUCAAUGGGAGAAGAGAUUGGAUCAGAAAUGUCAGUCAGAACGUUUGGACAUUUGCUUCGGUAUGGUGAGCCAGUGAUACGACGUGCUGUACCAUUAGCGCUUGGACUGAUUUCAGUCUCUAACCCUAGACUGCAAGUAUUAGACACGCUCAGUAAAUUCUCGCACGACAGCGAUGCUGAAGUGGCACAUAAUGCUAUAUUCUCCAUGGGUAUAGUGGGUGCAGGAACCAAUAAUGCUAGAUUAGCAGCCAUGUUGAGACAGUUAGCACAGUAUCAUCACAAAGAUCCUAAUAAUUUAUUUAUGGUGAGGUUAGCGCAAGGUUUAACGCAUCUCGGUAAAGGAACACUAACAUUAAGUCCAUAUCACAGCGACAGACAACUACUCAGUCCAGUGGCAACGGCUGGAUUACUGGCUGUUUUAAUAUCAUUCCUUGAUGUCAAAAAUAUUAUUUUAGGUAAAUCCCAUUACAUACUGUUCACAUUAGUAUCUGCAAUGCAACCUAGGAUGUUGGUCACCUUCGAUGAACAGCUCAGACCACUUCCUGUACCUGUUCGUGUUGGUCUGGCAGUGGAUGUUGUAGGACAGGCAGGUAAACCUAAGACUAUUACAGGAUUCCAGACGUAUACCACUCCCGUCUUGUUACAGUUUGGAGACAGAGCUGAACUUGCAACAGAAGAAUAUCUUCCUGUAACCCCUGUGAUGGAAGGCUUUGUCAUCUUAAAGAAGAAUCCAGACUACGAAACCUAGACCGUUUUCUAUUCCUAAUAUAAUGAGUUAUUUCUACAAGUUGUCUAUAAUUCUCUGUAAAUAACAAACAAACAAAAACA